AUGGUCCUCUCCCGUAUGCUGAGUGUGGCAGCUGUUGCUGGGGUGGCGCUAGCAGGAGAUACUUGUGAUGUGGAAGGUUCUGCUCGGCAGGACUGUGGUGUGCUAGGCACGACACAAAGUGACUGCGAGGCGAAGGGCUGCUGCUGGCGCCCCGCUGACGGAGCAGCCUGGUGCUUCUACCCUCAGGGUGGUCCCGCUCCUCCUCCCCCUCCUCGAUCAGAAUGCAAGCUCGCCUACAAGUCGGAUGGCCAGCCCUUCACUGAUGAUGAGGAGGCUAAGGUUCGCAGCUUCUUCCUUGCGAACAUCGACAUCCAAGGCUCCGGUGCAGUCGUGGCCGCUCCAGAUCACAACACAGGGCCGGGCGGAGAUUAUCAUUUCCACUGGGAGCGUGACGGUGCCCUCUCCACCCAUGCCCUGCUGGCCACUGCUGACAAGCUGACAGACGUGGACGAGCACCUGCAACACUAUGUUCAAUGGGUCUUGAAGGUGCAGAACCAGGACGACCCCCACGGCAUCGACGUUCGCGCAGAGCCCAAAUACACCAUCCCAGACGGCAAGCCCUUUACCGGUGCCUGGUGCCGCCCUCAGACCGAUGGACCAGGGCUGCGAGCGAAGACGCUCUCCGAAUAUGGACUGGCUCUGCUCGAGGCUGGUAAGGCUGACUUCGUGAAGCAAAAUCUUUGGACUGGAAGCGACGACAAGCACGGUGGCGCCGUAAAGUAUGACCUGGAGUGGCUAGCAUCGAACUGGCAGCAGAGCGGUUGUGAUCUCUGGGAAGAGAUCCAGUCUGAGGAUUUCUUCUGGGGUCGCUACACCAUGCGAGCCAGUCUUGAGAUCGGUGCUCAGUUUGCGGAGAAAAUGGGUGACAAGGAUGCUGCUGGCCGCUACAGAGGGGUCAAAGCCGACAUUGAGAAGACGCUCAUGGGCCACUUUGACGGCACCUUCGUUUUCGAAUCACAGAACCGCAAGAAGGACUCCGCUGUCAUCGAAGCCUUCAACGUGGGUGAUCUCAAUGAUGGCAUGUUCAACGUGCUGGGCAAGGAGGUCUUGGGCACUGUGAUCACCCUUAACGACCUCUUCUGCAACGCCUACGAGAUCAACCAGAAGGAUGGCGCUGCAGGCAUCCCUGGAAUUCUCUAUGGCCGCUACGAGAACGACAACUACGACGGUGGCAACCCUUGGGUGUUGCUGUCUGCGUCUCUAGCUACGCUGCUCUACCGCCAGUCUGCUGCAGCCCUUUCUGUGGGAAGCAUUGACCCUGCCACGUACAGCCUCCUCCAGAAGGCCACUCAUAUUGAGGAUGGGCUCUCUGGAAAAGACUUAGCAGAAGCUCUCCUGGGCGCCGGGGAUGGAGUGAUGCUGCGCAUCAAGCACCAUGUUCAGGCCACUGACCUUCACAUGGCCGAGCAAAUCAAGAGAGAUGACGGAUCCAUGAGCAGCGCCAAGGACCUGACUUGGAACUACGCCAACAUGCUCAAAGCCUUCAAAGCCCGCAAAGCUUCUGCGAAGGCCAUCGCCGCCGUCUCCAAAGUUAUGGUGGUUUGA